UUUAACAAGGGCCCAACCCCAGGGCCAAGUCGAGAGCCCCGCCACUACCUCCCCACCGAGCCAGCUCAGCGGGCAGGGCCUGCAGGGAGUGGGACAGAUUCUGGGAGUGCAGCAGGGAGGAGUCCUGGCUGGACUGAGCGCAGGGAGCAGCUUGGCAGUGCCAGAGCCCAGGCCCCAGAGCCCUGCUGGAGAGGAGGCUGACCGAGGAGGCAGGCCCAGUGAGGGGGUGAGGUAGAGAGAUGGCGGACUGCUACACGGAGCUGGAGAAGGCGGUGGUGGUCCUGGUGGAAAACUUCUACAAAUACGUGUCUAAGCACAGUCUGGUUAAGAACAAGAUCAGCAAGAGCAGCUUCCGCAAGAUGCUCCAGAAAGAGCUGAACCAUAUGCUGACGGACACGGGGAACCGAAAGGCUGCAGACAAGCUCAUCCAGAACCUGGACGCCAACCACGAUGGACGCAUCAGCUUUGACGAGUACUGGACCUUGAUAGGCGGCAUCACCAGCCCCAUUGCCAACCUCAUCCGCCAGCAGGAACAGCAGUGCAGCAGCUAGAGGACCCUGCCCAAGCACCUUCCAGGCACUGGCCUGACACCCUGCCCUGUGCUCUCCUCCCAGCCUCCGUCCUCAGCCUCCUCUGCCCACCCUCCCUUUGCUCCCUUCCCCCUCCAGACCUUACUCCUGACCCUUGCUGAACAUGGCCCCCUUUGUGAGUGUCUCAGUUUGGGGGUGACUCCCUGGGGGUCUCAGUCCCUGGAGUCAGCAGGCCCUAGGGCCCCACUGAGGUUUUUUGUUUUUUUUUUUGAGUUGGAGUCUCACUCUGU